AUGGCCCUCGCAGGAGAAUUCAAUAUCGCCGCUCAGCGUGGGUUUCUUCAAGCUAAUUUCCAUAAUCUCAUCUCGCCAUGGCAUGACCGCUGGGAAGAUGCGCUCGAAGCUCUCAUGCCCAAGCUACGCCUUCAAGGCGUGCAAAGUUCUAUCCAUUGGCACCCAGGUCGUGCCGGGUAUAACGAGCAAAUCCGACGUCGCUGGUACGCUCUGAUGGUAGCGCUGUGUGACGAGACAAUUGGACGGGUUUUCCCCUUUCGAGAUUUCCCCACUGGGUUUGCUCAAAGCGGUUUUUCACCUGUCCGAUUCCAAGCUCUGCAGCUUCAACUCGCGGUCGAGGUCGUCUAUCCCCGCUAUCACUUGGCAGACCCAAGCACGAGGAUCGCGUUGUGGAACUCUUUCUGCCUGCUGUCUCUCGGCAGAGAAGCCGUUUGCACAGCGUACAAACGGAAAGUCGGUCGCAUGUUGGAUUGGAGCUUUCCACCCGACUACUGGUGGGGCUCGCAUGCCGUAGGACAGCACCAGUGGGCGACCCAGCCGAACCGCUAUAUUCCAAAUGUGGUGCACCACAGCGACAACUAUCUCGGGAGCGGGCCAAACGCUGGGCAUUUGGUGUCUGCAAUCACGCAACUGGUUAUGUCACGCGGACCCCGCAUCUACACUCCUUGCCCCCUCCUCCGGCCUUUCCGCCGCAUCGAUCAUCCGCAUAAUUUGCCCGACGGCCAGCCUGCUCGCUUCUCCCAGGCCGCGAGCUAUGUCGAUCCUUCGCAUCGCCCCCAAGGAGGUGCUCCAGCUCAGCCCCAGCAUCUGCCAGCGUUGGUCCCUCACCUGCCAAUGUACCGGGCUGACUCAGACGCCCAAAAUUCCUGCCACAUCUGUGUUCAAAUCGGCCAAGAAGCCCUCAUGUCUCCCCCCUUUGUGCUGAAACCACAUCACGCUGCCUUCUGUACAUGGGACAUUGCCGUUCAACCGGUCAGAUUCGUGACUGCAUCAUCUACCACAAGUCGUGGCUCGUCCGCUCAACCGGACCUUAUAUCAUCGCCCUGUCCAUCAAAAAAUAUCAUGCAACAAGUUUCAUCGUUCCUUCUGACUCACGCUCACGAUGGUCCUGCCCACUGUGUUCGACCAAGAAAUGACAAAUCACGCGGCAUGUGGAACCAUGUUGUGAUGCUCUCAUUACUUCGUCGCAUCCUUGUCUCUCCCGCUUGGUACACUUGGACGCACACUCCUGAACAAGUGAAUGUGUACACCAACCUCUGGAGAGUUGUCACCAGUGUGACAGUAUGA